GUGGGAAGUUGACUAGACAUUGUAUUGUGAUAUACUUGAUAUUUUUCGAGGAAAAAAAAAAAAAUAAUAAUUUUUUUACUCGGCGUAUAAAACUGUUACGAAUUUAUCUAUUUUAAUUGCCCUUGUUUUACAUAUUUGGUUAGUGUAAUUUUAAUUACCCUUGUUUUACAUAUUUGGGUAGUGUAAAAUUUAUUUAUCCAAUCAUGCCAAUCAUAUUGGUCAAGUUGUAUAACGCACAAUUUAACCAAUUUAUUAUUAUGAAGCGCAGGUAGUACCCGGAUUUAUGUUACUCGAUUAUGUUAAUCAACUGCGGUGAUUGCAACACAACGAAUCAUAUUUACAAGAUUGUGACUAUUAACAUACUAACGUUAAAGAGUCGAUUAAAUAAUAAUCCAUUCUAUCUAUCAGAAAAUCAGAAUAGUUUUAUGUUGUUAUCAUUUCUUUUGAACCCAUAUCAACAGUUGAGAAAUACUGUAUAGCUAACUGUAUUAUUCGCCAAAUAUUUAUUGGCUAAAUCAGCACGCCUUUCGUAUUAAUACUAUCAAGUUAUACUUAUUGAGUUAUAUUAUUAGCGGCACAAAUAGUAAAUGGACUUAACCGAGCAAAUUAUCAUACCAAAAAACAAA